AUGCAACAUAUUUCUCCAAAUGUCAGAGGGACGCUUUGGGAGUCCAACCAUGCAUGUGUGCCCAUAAUUAAAAGCAGACCAACUUUACCGACACUGCCCUUUUAUAACUUUCUGUUAUGGGUCCUCCUCGGAGUGCUGACGUUCCCUUGUUGUGUCCGCUGUUUGAUAUUCAAAGUCGGGGUCCUGGGGCCUUGGAACUGCGACCCUGUUUACUACAGGGCCCUGCCUGCUGCGGCCGCCAAGCUCGCUGUAAGCAGGAUAAACGGAGACCUAAAUCUGGAUUUGGGCCUGAAAAUGGACUUUAUCAUCCUACAGGAGCCUUGCGAAACCUCCAAAGCCCUCACUGCGUUUAUUUACUACGAGAAGAUGGCGGAUGCGUUUGUGGGCCCCGUCAACCCGGGAUACUGUAUUUCGGCAUCUCUACUGGCUAAGAACUGGGAUAAGGCCAUCUUCUCUUACGGCUGUGAUAACUAUGAGCUGGACCGAGUCACAGGAUACCCGACUUUUGCCAGGACAGUGCCGAUUCCCACGGAGGUGUUGUUUGCGGUGUUGAAACACUUUAGGUGGGCCAGUGUAGUGGUGGUCUCAUCCAACGAGGAUAUGUGGAUGGACACCGCUGAUAGAGUUGCUACUGCUCUGAGGAACAAGGGGCUUCCCGUAGGCCUGGUUACAUCUAUUGGUAUAAAUGAGACCGAGAUGGGGAGCACGCUGAGGAUGAUCCAGGCUGCAGGAGAGAUCAGGGUCAUCAUCAUGUGCAUGCACUCAAUCCUGGUUGGCGGGGAGCAGCAGGUUUCUUUUCUUCUCCAAGCACAGAAAAUGGGCCUGACUUCGGGGAAAUAUGUGUUUGUGCCCUAUGACACCCUCCACUACAGCCUGCCCUACACCAACACCUCCUACUUCCCCCUGCAAAACAACAGCAGGCUGAGGGAGGCCUAUGAUGCUGUGCUCACUAUCACUAUGGCCUCAGAGCCUUUGUCCUUCAACGAGGCGUUCGUUGCCGCCAAGAGGAGUGGGGAAUUGACUCUAGCCGUGCAGCCAGAGCAGGUUAACCCGCUAUUUGGGACCAUCUAUAACAGCAUCUACCUGCUGGCCAAGUCCAUUCACAACGUCAGAAGAGUAGGCAUGCCGCUGUCAGCCUCAAACCUGGCCUUCUUCAUGAAGAACAUAACCUUCAGCGGCUUCAAUCAGAAGGUCCACGUGGACACUGGUGGGGAUGUUAAGACCAGCUAUGUCAUCCUGGACUCUGACAACAGGGGGAGCGAACUGUACCAAACCUAUCUGGUGGAUCUAAUGUCCGGCGGGCUUCGUUUUGCUGGGAGGUCAAUUCAUUUUCCAGGAGGAUCUCCGCCGCCAUCUGAUUCCAGCUGCUGGUUUGACAAGAAUGCCAUCUGCACGGGCGGUGUGGAGGUCACCUACAUCAUAGUGGCGUUUGCUGUCAUCUUGAUCCUGGCUAUAGGAGGGCUCAUUAUAAGUCUUUAUAUCAGGAGGAGACUCCAACAAAUCCAGCUGGUUAAAGGUCCCAAUCGGAUCCUCCUGAAUUUAGAGGAUCUCACGUUUAUCAAUCCUCAGCUUAGCAGAAAGAAAAUCACUUUAGAGGAUCUGAGUGAGUCCAGGAGCAUUCUAGAUGAGAAAUCUACAGACCUCUCACACUCUGUAAACAGCAUGCAGACAGCAACUCAUGAGACCACAAAUGUAGCCGUGUAUGAGGGCGACUGGGUGUGGCUAAAGAAAUUUGAGGAGGGACACUUCAAAGAAGUGAAGCAGAGCACCACCAAGAUUUUCACAAAGAUGAAAGAUCUGAGAAACGAGAAUGUGAAUCUUUUCCUUGGCUUCUUCGCGGACUGCUCCAUGUUUGCAGUGGUGACGGAGCACUGCUCGCGGGGCAGUCUGCAGGACCUGCUAAGGAAUGAGGACGUUAAAUUAGACUGGAUGUUCAAGUCCUCACUUGUGCUUGACCUCAUCAAGGGUAUGAAAUACCUUCAUCACAGAGAAUUCCCCCAUGGAAGGUUAAAGUCUCGUAACUGUGUGGUGGACGGGCGUUUUGUCCUCAAGAUUACUGACUAUGGCUUCAAUGAGCUGCUGGAGUCUCAAACUCCUAUUGAAGAACCUCCACCUGAAGAUCUGUUUUGGACAGCUCCAGAGUUCUUAAGGGACCUUGCAAUCUCACGUAAAGGCACCUACAAAGGAGACGUGUACAGCUUUUCUAUCAUCCUUCAAGAGGUGGUGGUCAGGGGGCCACCGUACUGCAUGCUGGGUCUACCACCUGAAGAGAUCAUCCGCAAGGUGAAGAAGCCUCCUCCAAUGUGCCGCCCCACUGUGGCCCCGGACCAGGCCCCCCUGGAGUGUAUCCAGCUGAUGAAGCAGUGCUGGAGCGAACAGCCUGACCGCAGACCAGCAUUUGAUGAGAUCUUUGACAGGUUCAAGUUAAUCAACAAGGGCAAGAAGACUAACAUCAUUGACUCAAUGCUGAGGAUGCUGGAGCAGUACAGCUCCAACCUGGAGGACCUCAUCAGAGAGAGAACCGAGGAGCUGGAGGUGGAAAAACAGAGAACAGAAAAACUACUUUCAGAGAUGCUCCCACCUUCUGUGGCUGAGGCCCUGAAGACCGGUGCCACAGUGGAACCGGAGUACUUUGACCAGGUGACAAUCUACUUCAGUGACAUUGUAGGUUUCACUACCAUCUCCUCGCUCAGCGACCCCAUUGAGGUGGUCGACCUUCUCAACGACCUCUACUCUCUGUUUGACGCCGUGCUCAGUAACCACGACGUCUACAAGGUGGAGACCAUUGGUGAUGCUUACAUGGUAGCAUCGGGUCUGCCAAAGAGAAACGGCAACAAGCACGCUGCUGAGAUCGCCAACAUGUCUCUGAACAUCCUCAGCUCAGUAGGAACCUUCCAUAUGCGGCACAUGCCAGGCGUGCCCGUCAGGAUACGCAUAGGAAUCCACUCAGGCCCCUGUGUGGCUGGGGUGGUAGGUCUGACUAUGCCUCGCUACUGCCUUUUUGGAGACACCGUCAACACUGCCUCUCGUAUGGAAUCCACUGGACUGCCUUAUAGAAUCCAUGUAAAUAUGAGCACUGUGAAGAUCCUCCGUUCUCUUAACGAGGGUUAUAAAAUAGAUGUCAGAGGCAAGACAGAGCUGAAGGGUAAAGGUAUUGAAGAGACAUACUGGCUUGUGGGGAAAACAGAUUUUACAAAGCCUUUGCCAAAACCACCAGAGAUCAAACCAGGGGACAACUGGCAGGAGAUGGUGACAGAGGAGAUCAAGACCCUUUUUCGCAAGGCCAACAGGCAGGUGGACAAAAAGAUCUGA